AUGAAAAACGGAGAGGCAGUUGGUCCAGAUGAUGUAACAGCAGAAGCAUGGGAAUCUAGGUUGAGAAAUGAGGUAGUAAUCAGUGACCAGCAGUUUGGUUUCCUGCCAAUUAGAAAUACUAUUGCUGCGUUGUUUGCACUGAGAAUGCUAAUGGAGAAAUUUAGAGUACAGAAAGAACUGCACUGCGUGUUUGUAGAUUUAGAUAAAGCUUAUUACAGAGCGCCAAGAGAAGAGGUAUGCUGUUGUAUGAGGAAGUCUGACGUGGCAGAGAAGUACGUAAGAGCAGUGCAAGAUCUGAAUGAGGGAAGUAAGACAGUGGUGAGGUGUGUAGUCAGUGUGAAAGCGGGUUUCAAAGUAGAGGAAGGAUGA